GCCCCCUCGACUGUUGAUCCUUUCGUCAACACUACACAUACGCUUUCUUGCAGUUGCGUGCCCUCACUCCCCUCGUGACGCCCGCCAUGUCUGAGUACCAGAAGCUCAAGGCGCGGGCUCUCGAACUCCAGCGGGAGAAGGAGGAGCAGCUCAAGCGCGAGCUCGCACGCAAGGCUGAGCGUGAGAAGCAGGCAGCCAAAGAUGAGGCAGAUCGUCGGAAACGCUUGGAGGAGGCGAGCAAGCAGGCUCGUCGAGCCGAGCUGAUGAAGGCCAACGAGGCUCUCCACCGUUCGAGCCAAGGCGACAAGGGGUCGGGCUCGAAUGGGUACGACCCGUUUGCAGAAGUCGCAAGGGCCGAGCCAGUGCGAGUGGGUGCCAUCCAUCCUGGCGUGUGUGCUAACAUCCAGGUCGCUGCCAAGCCCGCAAAGGCGGCGUCAGGAACCAAGCCAGCCAACGGCGGCAGUCGUGUGACGGGCGGCGCUUCGUCGUCCAAACCCGGAACAAGCAACGGUGCCAAAGGCGGUCGCAAAGAGGAUGGGGGGCGCAAGAACUCGCCACCAGCCCUGGGACGCAAAGAGAAGGCAGCUCUGAAGCUGGCUCGUGCUGCAUCCAAGACCAAGGCGUCGGCGGCCGACUCGCUGUUCAGCGUCCGCGCAAUGGUCGAGCAGCGCGACGGCAGCCGAAGUCCCGGCUCAGCAUCGCCACGCUACCCACCUCCGCCAAAUCGUGCGCUGCAGUCCAAAUUACCGCCGGCAGGAGCCGCUCGGGCAGCGACAGCACCAGCAAAGAAGCCGCUGGGCAUUGCUGGGAUGAAGAAGGCCGUCGACGUCAGCUCGUUACGCAAGUUAUGCCCGGACCGAGACUCGCGCGACCGGCGGACGCUGGACGAGAUUCAGAGGGACUUGAAGGGUGCGCGCAAACCUGGAGCCAUCCCGCCUCCGGCAAGCAAGGCCGGUGCCCCGCGCAGGGAUUCGGCGUCGGCCGGGCGGGCGGGCGACGCACGGCGCCGACCACGGUCGCCGUCCACGUCGGAGGACGAUAGCGACGACUCUGAUCGCGCGCCGAGGAAGCGUGGCCGCGGUGACUCGCCGCCCAACGGCGAGCCGUCGCGCCAGGCUGUCAGUGCCAUGAUCCAGUCCAUGUUCAACCGCGGCCGCCCGACACGCACCUACCAUGACGACUAUGAGAGUGACGACAUGGAGGCCGGUCUGAGCGACGUCGAGGAGGAGGAGCGCCGUGCCCUCCGUAUCGCGCGCUACGAGGACGACCAGGCCGAGAAGGAGGAGGCGGCGCACAAGGCGGCCAAGGAGGCACGUCUGAAGAAGGAGCGCGAGCGUGAGCGAGAGAGGCUGAGCAAGAUCCGAUAA